AUGGGAUUCCAUCUUGUUGGAUACGCGGUCGUGGCGGCUCUUGCCACUAUUCUCCUUCACGUCACCCGUCAGCUUUUUUUCUACAAGAAGAAUGAGCCACCGGUCGUCUUCCACUGGUUCCCGUUCGUCGGCAGCACUGUCACCUAUGGCAUGGACCCCUUGAAGUUCUUCCAAGAUUGCAAAGAAAAGUACGGCGAGGUCUUCACCUUCAUUCUUCUCGGACAGAAGACUACCGUCUACCUUGGAAUCGACGGCAACGAGUUCAUUCUCAACGGCAAGCUCAAGGAUGUGAACGCAGAGGAAGUCUAUGGGCCGAUAACAACCCCCGUCUUUGGCUCCGAUGUCGUCUACGACUGCCCCAACUCCAAGCUCAUGGAGCAGAAGAAGUUUGUCAAGUUUGGAUUGACGCAGGAGGCGCUCGAAUCUUACGUCCCGCUCAUUGAGGAAGAAGUCCUUCAGUACAUCAAAACCUCGGGCCGUUUCAAGGGCACAUCCGGAACCAUCGACAUCCCCGCAGCCAUGGCGGAAAUCACCAUCUUCACCGCCAGCCGCGCACUGCAAGGCGAAGAAGUCCGCAAGAAGCUCACUGCCGAGUUCGCCGACCUGUACCACGACCUGGACCUGGGAUUUUCCCCUCUCAACGCCCUCAUGCCCUGGCUGCCCAUUCCAAGCAACCGCAAGAGAGAUGCCGCGCGGGAAAAGAUGCGCGAGGUCUACACCGAGAUCAUCCAAGAGCGUCGCGGCACGCAAAAGGACACGCACGACAUGAUCACCAACCUCAUGCGCUCUACGUACAAAAACGGCACCCCGGUCCCGGACAAGGAAAUCGCCCACAUGAUGAUCACCCUCCUGAUGGCCGGCCAACACUCGUCCUCUUCAGCCAGCUCCUGGAUCAUGCUUCGUCUCGCAUCUGAACCCAAGAUUGUCGAAGAGCUUUUCGCGGAGCAAGUCCAGGCCUCCGGCAAGGACCUGCCGCCGCUCCAGUACAAGGAUUUGGAGAAACUGCCGCUCCAGCAAAACGUCAUCAAGGAGACUCUCCGCGUCCACUCGUCGAUCCACUCCAUCAUGCGCAAGGUGAUGAACCCGCUGCAAAUCCCCGGCACCCAGGUCGUCGUCCCCGACAGCCACGUCCUGCUCGCGUCUCCGGUCAUGACGGCCAUGAGCGAGAACUACUUCCCGAACGCAACAGCGUGGAACCCGCACCGGUGGGACGACAGGGAGGACGAGGAAGAGGGCGGGGACAUGAUCGACUACGGCUACGGCGCCGUCUCAAAGGGGACCAAGAGCCCUUACCUGCCGUUCGGCGCGGGCCGCCACCGCUGCAUCGGCGAGAAGUUUGCGUACCUGAACCUGGGCGUCAUCGUGGCGACGCUGGUGAGGAACUUUAAGUUUAGCAACCCCGAGGAUAGGGAAGGCGUUCCGGCUACUGACUACGCGUCCAUGUUCUCUCGGCCGAUGCAGCCAGCUAUGGUACGCUGGGAGAGGCGCUUUCCAGGGAGCGAUUAG